GAUUAAAUUCGCUGAGUCACGCAACAACAACCCUCUGGCUUGUUUCUAGGUCAUCGGCAGACAGCAAACUUUGGACCUGUUUCAUUAACCCCAGCGAGAUACAGUGCAGCGUCCAGGCCUAAUCAUGGCGAGCAGAACAACAGUUGGGGAAAGGAAUAUGACACAGAUGCUGGUGACGAAGGCAGCCAAGACUGAGACAACAGGUUCAGUGACAUUACCACAAGGACUAUCAAGUGGACUCAAUCUGCGAACAAGCUUAGUGACCCCCACGGGAGUGUUUCGCGUCCUACUUCAAGGCAGAAAGUUUCUGUUUCUUGAAACAAGCAAUCCUCCAUCGUUCAUGGCCCUUGAUAAAUUAUACACUGACAAACUAGUUUUCAUUGUCAGUGGACAACUGAAUGUUUCGUCUAACAUGUACAACCCAAGGCUCCCAAAAUAUCCAGCUGAGGUUCAAACAAGACUUGUUUCUUUCGGAACAUCGUCCUUUGUUUUGGAAUCAAUCUUGAGGGUACCCGGAUUCCCACAAGUGACAGCAAGUCUGAGGAAUAACGUCGUUGUAGUUUCAAAGUCCAAUAGAAAAACGAGUCCGUUGCCAGAUUGGUUUCGUGAAAAAUUCGGUCCAUUUUACAACAAGGAUGCUGGGGUUAUCUUCAAGCAGCUGGAGACAUCUCCUACCAAGACGUGCAGGGGAGUUAACUCCCUUCCCUACAUGUUAACAGUCACAAGUCGGGAUAUCGACAUGAACCAACACGUGAACACCGUCCUGUAUUUACAGUACUGUAUUGAUGCUCUGGACGAUCAUUUGAUAAGGAAUAAGAUACAGUGUAAUUUAAACACCGAGUCACUCCUCCUCAAAUCGGCCUCCUUCCUACACAGGGGUGAGAGUGAGGUGACCGACAUCUUGGCCGUGGAAUUCUGGGACGAUGAAACGGAAUCUGAGAUGAUAUGUUUUAAUAUCCUCAAGUCUGGAAGAAGCAUCUACCAGGCUCGUAUACAUUUCUAUCGGUAUGAGGAGAUAUUUCCACAAACCAGCAAACUCUAACUUCAAACUUCAAAGUACCGGACCUUACUUUAAGCAGAAAUUUGUGAUUUCAAUAAGUUUCCUUCAGAUCACACAUUUCGUUUUGCAAGUUUAGUGUGGCGUAGUGCUAUUCCUUGAAUCGGCAUCCCCGCGAUGAUUCCAUAAAGUGCGAAAAGUGUGGCAGCCAUGUAAAAUGUAAUGAGUCAAUUUGGAUGGACGUCCUUGCACCACUGUUAGAAAGGGAUGUCACUUUGGUGCGACGACUUUGCAACGCUGUGCCAAUGGGAUGUGCUGCUUUGGAAUACGUCCGGGCAACGCCGUGACAACUUGAUGUGUUACACAUGGGUCGACGCCCUUGAAAAAGUGGUGGGAAACCUUGGUUUAUAUCUAUCUCUUGCUUGAAAUGAGCAAUACCUGAAUAUAUUAAGCAGAUGACCUUUAUAUUCUACAGAGAAAGUGCCUGUUUUCCAACCAAGUUCAACAUGGAAUGAGUGCUACAGAAAACCACAGUUAACACAAAGCGAACGUCCUAAUGAUAAGCGGUUAUUUCUUUUUAUCAUAUAAUGGGUAGGUCUCUCGGCAGGAUAAA